GAAACGAACCCACUUUCAUGAGUACUUAGCCAUAUGAGACACUUGAACUGAAGUCGUUUACAGACAAAUAGAUAGGACACAUGUGUUAGUGUAACAUGUCAUCAACAAGCACCUGCUCCAAUGAAACCAUUCACACCGGCGGCUGUCACUGUGGCGCCGUUAGAUUUCAAGUUUUGGCUCCAAUACAUCUUCAUGUGUAUAACUGCAACUGUUCUAUCUGCUACAAGAAACAAAAUAAGCACUUUAUAGUACCGAAGUCAAAGUUUACUCUUCUGAAAGGCGAGGACAAUUUGACCACAUACACCUUCAACACGCGACAAGCUAAACACACUUUUUGUAAAACUUGUGGGGUCCAAAGCUUUUACACACCAAGAUCUAAUCCAGAUGGGUAUGGUGUGGCUCCACAUUGUCUGGAUCAGGGAACAGUAGAACACGUCACAGAGGAAGACUUUGACGGACAGAACUGGGAGCAGCAUAUACAGACCUCUGAUAUCAGGUCAAGGUCAAAAGAGUGAUGCCUCACCGGGAGUGGUGAAAACUUUCUACAUGAUGAAUGUGUUCAAAGGCAUUUCUCAACUGGAUGCUGUUUUAAAGAACUCAUAUAUAAAUCAUCUGUACGAUAGUACUGAGGUAUUUCUUUUCCCCCCCAAAAAAAUGGCAAGGACAUCACGUAUCUCUGUACACUAUCAGCUUUAGUCACAUUAAGUUUAUAAAUAUGAAAUGCAACUUCGUUCAGACUUAUUUUGAUAAACUGUUCUGAUGGUAAAGUGUUGUGAAUAAGCAAAUCAUGUUUUACUAUAAUUUUAGGUAUAGUUUUUUUACUGUUUUAUUUAAGUAAACAUAUAACAUUUUC